CGUCGUCCCCAGUCUUUUCUUCUGGUGGACCACACUCUUUUGUCUCAGUCAAGUCAAUCCUCCCCAUCAUCGACAAUGCCUCCCACGAAGAGGCAGCUAUUCGAGACGUACGCCAACGCGUCCAGUGCGUCUCCUCCUAGGAGUGUCUCGAAGCGUGUGAAGACUACUGAGAAGGAAAACGACGAUGAGAGUGACGGUGCCCAGCCAGCUGGUGCUACUCGAACUCGACCUCAAAAGAAGACUGCGGAGUUGUCGGAGGCAGCGGAGAACGAAAAUGAUGAUGCGGGUGCUGCUCAAGCUCCUGAGAAGAUCUCAGAGCAGUCGGAGGUCACCGUACAAGAGGAUGAAGCGGAUGCUGACGCUGAUACUUCUGUGUCUGCGACCACGGACGAUGAAUUGACUGCGAGAGAGCAGCACGAGGCAGAGAACGCUGCUCAAGCCAAGAUCGUCAAUGAUAAAAUGGCAUCCCCCGAGGGACUCGAGUACCGCUGCAUGCCCCGCCCUUGGCAGGAUCUACGUCGCGAGUGGCGUGACGCUGCUUACAACAAUGCAACUAGCGAAUCCUUCGACGGAGAAUCAGUUGAGGUUGGAGGAGCCAAGGAGAUGGAGCGUGCCCAGGAAGAGAGCAAGAGAUUCUUGGAGAAGACUCCCGCUGAAGCACCCUCAUGGCGCUGGACUGUGACCAACAUGGCCAACUAUCUGGUCAACACUUACAAAGACGAUGCAGAAUGUAGGAAUCCUGACAACUUCGGCAUGUACAUCUACAACGACUUUGCUGGGUAUGGAUUGCAAGAAGUCAUUGAGAAUCAGCUGGUUAUGUUCCACGAGGAGUUCAACAAGGAGGACUGCGAUCCUCACCGACUGUUCGUGUACAUGGAGGCUAUGGCGAUCUGGCUGUUCACGAGUGAUAUGUCUCACUGGACUGGUCUCAACGAUGGCGCGCGUGUGUCUGCGACUAUGGAUAUCAUCGGACGAUGCCUUCUUACUAGCUUGAACGCACUUGAGCGUGCCGACCUUUUGGAGCCGGGCUCAAAAGUCAAGAACAUCCCUAUGGUUCUUUCCAUGUUCUUGGACUUCGCAGAUGACGGAGAAGGCACUACAGCUAUGCACUUCGACAUGGAUGGCAACGAAAACCCUCAGACAUGGCCCUACUUCGUGGUGGCCUACGUGAACGCACAUGGCAUCGAUAUCGAAGGCAAGGGCUUGUACGGAAUUGACAGCAUCGCCGACGGAUACGAUGAUGAAGAAAUGGCAAUCUUCGAGGAGCAUGAGCCCGGACCGGAUAGAUGGGGCUUCAGCGCCGCGUUUGAGGCCUUUGCAACUCAUUGGGAGGUACACGCGGGCCAGAGCAACAAAUACGACAUCAUCGCUAUGGAGCCUGAGGAGCGGAUGGAAUAUGCUUUCGACCACCAAGACCCUCUUGAUACCAUGGACCCCGACUACCUCAUCCAUUAAGCCAACCGGCUGGGAUAUCUCGCACCGUCAGCUUCACACUGAUCCUAAUAGCCAGGUAAGCUUAUAGUUUCAUUUUGGAGCGAGCUGGAGCGGCGAUGGUUGGUUUAGGCGUGGGCGAGUUCUACAUGCCACCAAUUCCGAUAGACCCUGGACACUGUACAGCCUACCAAGGCUUGGAUGGUAAGCUGGCCGUGUGCUAAGCUUGGUUGAUGGAUUUCCAAUAGUUGUCACGGA